CAAGCCCGGCCCCCUCACAGUCAGGGAGCUGCAGUUGUUUGUCUCGCUGGGAUCGAUCACCAGCGCAUCACUGGUCCAUACUGGUUAUUUAUAGGAGGCGACGAGUUUUUCCCGGUCAAUAGAAACGAAUGUCUUGCACUAACCAGGCGGAGAGGGUUGACUCCUCCAUGGACAAACUGGGGAUGGAUGUGACCGGGGAUUCGAGAGCCGCCCUGAUCAUUCUGGCCUUCCUCCAGGCGGACUGUCAAGGCGCAGAGCUCCGGAAAGAGCUGCACUCUCUGAGCAACGAGUUCCAUCUCACCCGGGACAUCAACUGCAGCGGACCCUGGAGCAUUAGUCGUCGUGAGAUCGCUCGUCCCCGGCCCGAACUUGUCCCAGUGGAUCUGCCCGAUAUCCAGCCUGUGGCGGAGCUGGAGUGGCAAUGGAACCAAGAAGCUGCAGCCAACAUUCAGCAGGUGGCGGAGGAGAUCAGAGAAGUCGCAGACCAGCUCCAGGAAAGUGUCAUAGCCCAGGCCACCAGCAACCUGAUGAGGAACAGAUCAGACUCCCAAUCUGAGUGGAAAACCCACCUGAACUCGGAGGUACAGCGGAUAUUGAGGAACGGCACUGGUCUGGAGCAUCUACCUCAUGAGCGAUUGGUCAUGGCCCUCACGCUCACCCUGGUUAAAGGAGUGUGUGAACAGGCCCCACAAUUUCUGAGGAGCCUCUUCAACGCGGCACUGCAGUUCAUCAGGUGACUUCAGAGCGGCCGCCUGACAGGAAGUAACACGUACAUGUGGUGGAGCGACGCCAGAAAUCUGCUCCUCAUUAUCAGUCCAGUGAGAACGGAGCCGUGCAACCGGAAGUGUAGUCAACCCUUUUCAAACUUAUGCUUUGCAUCUUUCUGCAUCCGUUUACUCUUUACUUAACACUUAAAAGUGAAACUUUUUGUUUAUAUUUGAAAUACGUGACUCUUUUUGUAUUGUCAUUCUGCUUUUGUAACUUGAAUUAAUAUACAGUAUUACUGAGAUUUUGUUUACUUUCAAUCUUAAACUAAAUCCUUUCAUGAAUGGGAAAUUUUUUAAAAUGAAAUUAUACACUUGAACAUUUUAAUAAAACCACUACAGAAAA